AUUAUUAGUAUAUGAUAUUGCCUUACAGGAACAAGCACUAUCUUUGUUAGAAAAGUCUUCAGCAGUCUUCAGGUGUAAUGUCUAAAGUAUUAGGAAAGCUCUUCAAAGCUGAGGAGAAGGACGUCGUCCCUGGAGAAGGGAAUACAGCAGUAAUGCAAGAUGAGGAAAGCCCACAGAGGGGGGACAGCAGGAGACUGGACCCCAUCCUGGACCUCAUCCCCCGUAAAGAUGAGUUGACUUCCAGUUCAGAGGACAUUAGUGUCGUCCCUGGAGGACUAAAGAGGAAAAGAACAGAAGAUGGGGAAAUCCUACAAAGGGAGAAAAGCAGGAGACUGGACCCCAUGCUGGACCCCAUCCUGGACCCCAUCCCGGACCCCAUCCUGGACCUCAUCCUGGACCCCAUGCUGGACCCCAUCCUGGACCUCAUCCCCUGUGAAUAUGAGUUUCCGUCCACCUCAGAGGACAUUAGUGUCGUCCCUGGAGGACUAAAGAGGAAACGAACAGAAGAUGGGGAAAUCCUACAAAGGGAGAAAAGCAGGAGACUGGACCCCAUCCUGGACCCCAUCCUCUGUAACGAUGAGUUGCCGUCCACCUCAGAGGACACUGAAAGCAGAAACCCACCCGAGGCGGCUCUGAGCGCGAGAAGCGCCGAUGAUGGACCGGUUCAGAAGGACGACCUAGUUCCAGACCCGUCAGCCAUGUUUAAGGCCAAGUACCAGCAGCAGGAGAAACUUGGCGAAGGAGGAUAUGGAUGCGUGUAUGCUGGCUAUCGCAAAGAGGAUAAUCUUCCUCUCGCCAUCAAGCAUAUUAUGAUAGACGAAGAGCUCCUCUUUCACGAAGACAGUGAUGGGCUCCAGAUCCCCAUGGAGGUCGCUGUCCUAAGGAAGCUAGAGGCCCAAUCAGAGCAGCAUUCAGCAUCCAUUGAACUGCUGGACUGGUAUGUUGUGGACCAGGAGCUGAUCCUGGUGCUGGAGAGACCGAUGCCGGCCGUAGACCUCUUCGACUACAUUCAAGACAAAGGAGGCUACUUGGAGGAACAGGAAGCUAAGAUUAUAAUGAAGCAGUUGGUGGAUGCAGCCAUUGACCUCCAGGAGAAGCACAUUUUCCACCGGGACAUCAAGACGGAAAAUCUCCUUAUUGAGACCGGCAUGAAGUUGCCACGAGUUCGCGUCAUCGACUUCGGUCUGAGCUGCUUCGGCGAAGAAGACGACGUCUAUGACACCUUUUAUGGUACUGACGUCCCCCCAGAGUGGGCCAGUCGGCAGGAAUACAAAGCCGGACCCACGACAGUAUUCCAGAUAGGAAUGGUCCUGUUCUACAUGCGAAAAAAGGUGUCAUUUAGACCGGGGAUGAACUUUGUGAAGCUGAAUGAGACCAAGUGGCUUUCCAAAAAUGGCAAAGAUUUCUUUAAGGCGUGUAUAUGUGAGGACCCGGAUACUCGUUUCACCCUGGACCAGCUGAAGCAUCACCGGUGGCUGAGAUAGUAUCACACACACACACA